AUGGGCCCGAUUGUGGAGUUCGGUAAGUUGACAUUUUCGCCGAGCCUGAAUCCACCCGACAUCGGCCUUCUUCACAAAAUCCGUCUUGUCCCCGAAAUCUCUACCCACCAAGAGCUCGGCAUCCUGUAUCCGGCAGCGAAUACAAUGAACAGGCGUGCACUGCGGACUGCCGAGCAGCUGGCCGACCUUAGGGGCAAAUCAACAGCUUACUUGGAAGACCUGCUUGCAGAAAAUGAAAGACUCCGACGAAAUGUUCGAGUACGACAGUCAGAAACUGGCGUCGAAAUCCACAAUGUCCCCCAAAGCGCAGCAAGAGAGGGCGAGCCGACUGAUGGUCCAAUUCGAAAUCCCCUCUUCGAUGACAGGCCGUGGUUUCACACUACUCCCGGUGCCCCUAUCCUGAUUGGCGAGGCAGCAGAUGCAGCGUUUGCAACGCGGCUCUGCCAGGCCCUAUCGAACGAAUCUUUCGUCCAUAUCCAAAGAACGAGUUUUCCAGCAGACAAUACGUUGUUAGCACUAGCGGGCCCAAUCUGUCCUUUCCCGACACCUGGUAGGGCACGGUUUCUCCUGAAAGCUGCAUUGAAAAACGUGUCUCGAGGCUAUCACAUUGUGUUGAAGAGUGCCUCACAUGUGGCUCUAGAAAAGCUUAUUCACCAGCCCUCAACUGCCGAUAUUUUGUUGAGCUCCAAAAUAUGGGCACUGCUGGCACUUGGUGAGUUAUACACCGCAAGAUCUGGAAAGCCCGAAUCGCAAUUUCCUGGGCUCUCGUAUUUCGCACAAGCCAGCCGAGCACUGCAUGUGAUUCAAGAAAGACCUAGUCUAGACUCGAUUGAAGUGUUACUUCUGCUUUCCGUGUACAACAUCAAUUGCAAUAGACGCCACUCCGCAUACUGUCUCGCUGGUUCGGCUGUCCGCCAAGCGGUCAUCAUGGGUCUGCAACUAAAUGUCCCCGAGAGUCAGUUGGGCGAUAAAGUCCUGCGAGAGCACCGAAAUCGUAUUUGGUGGACAGCCUACGAACUCGACACGCUCAUUGCGGCCAGGCAAAGUCAGCCAGCAUCCAUUCAAGAGGAAGAUAUUCUCGUCGACCUACCAUCAAACGCAAAUCUCCCCCCAGACGGUCAUGAUGAUUUUGUAGAUGCCGCCGAACUCGUUGAUAGAAUCAAACUUGUCAGAUUGACAGGUCAAAUUACAAAAUUAUUAUAUAGAAGAAAGACACAGAAGGACUCAUUCCUACAACGGGUUCAAAAGGCGUUGAAAGACCUCCAAGACUGGUUUCAAGGACUAGGAGACAACCUUCAAUCUGACGAGCAACACCUUUCGCGGGCCGUGUCUGGACCAAUGAGAUCCUUGUUACUUUCCUUUAAUCAAUGUAUGAUUGUAGCUACCCGACCAGUGGCGCUCUACGUGCUACGUGCACAUCGAGAGACUUGGUCAAUGCCUAACCCGGCACCCAAACCCAACAUACCCGCAAAUGUCCAGACACUGACGGACGCAUGCAUACGCUGUGCCAGACACUCGUUCUCUCUCCUGGUAGACUCGUGGGUAGAUGGUUCAUUCCUCACGUUCGAUUACUCUCCAACGUUAUAUCUGUUCUCGGCUGCCACGAUACUCUCUCUGUCCAGUCUUCUGCAAGGGCAGGGUUCGUCCAAAGACCGAGAUGAUUUUGAAUUGGCACUCCAGCUGACUACUGAGCUCAAUCAAAAUGGCAAUUGUGCUGCUGUGGAAUUUGAACGGCACCUGCAGGCAAUGAAAGGUUGCAUGAAGGUGUUCGAGGAAUCUACUCAAGUAUCGACUCACACCGAUGGAAUUGACAGUUCAGGAAUGGUAUCCCAAGCUCCCGGCAGUAUGGGCUUGGAUUACGCUUUGGGCACAACAACUUAUAAUACCGGGACGUUCACUGCUGGAAUGGCCUUGGCUGAGCCUUCCAUGCAAGCCUUCCUUUCACAGUCUGAUCCAAACUUUCAGCAUAUGGACAUCUCCAUUUUACAGAACGACUUUGAUGGAUUCUAUUGGCCUGAGUGCUGA